AUGGAGGAGGAAGCAGCUGACGAAGCCAUCGUGGCCUGUCUGGCCCGCAUCGAGGCUGCCAGUGCCCGCCUGCUCCAGCUGGAGUGCAGGGCAGCCGCCCUACACAGUCAGCCCAGCCCGACGUCGGCCGAGAAGACCCAGAGCCCCUCCGAGGGGAAGCUAGAGCUGACCUCUGGAUCUUUGUCGGCCCAGGAGGCCAGCAGCAGCACCCCACCCCUGUCGAAGAGGAAGCGGAUCCCGACCCCUCGCAAGGCAGGGGCUGCCGAGAGCUCAGACCUUGCCAGCAGCAGCUCCAAAUCUGUGGGCGUGGGCCUCAAGGAAUACAGCCUCAUGGUCUGCGAAAAGGUGCUGGCCAGGGGCACCACCACUUACAACGAGGUGGCAGACAGCCUGGUCCAGGACUUUAUGGCAGGGAACGUGCGAGGGGCCUGCGACGGCGAGAUCGACGAGAAGAACAUCCGGAGGCGAGUGUAUGACGCCCUGAAUGUCCUGGAGGCUUGUGGAGCGAUCGCUAAGGACAGCAAGUCUGUGCGCUGGGUCAGCUGGCCGCGGGGUCCGCCCGCGGGUCCCGCUGCCUCAUCCGCUACCGGUGUGGCAGAGCAGCAGCAGGAAUGCGCGGACCAGCAGGCGGCAGAAGUGCGCGAGCGGAUGGCCGAUCUCAAGGUGGGCCGCGGCGUCCAAUCCACCAUCCUGUACGGGGAGCCGGACCGCAGGCUCGCCCACAUCGAGCUGAGCAGCACCCCGCCGGGGACGCUGCCCUACCUCCUGCUGGACGACGAGAUGGUGAUGCAGCGCAUGGGCCUGGGCACCAGCCUCCCCGACCUGCCCGAGGAGGGGUACGGGCGGGGGCCGCAGCGCCAGCUGGAUCAGCCCCUGGCCAGCCCCUGGCUGCGUGGCGUGCCCAAGGCCGAGGCCGGAGACGAGACGGCCUCGCCCCAGGCGCCCCCGCUCGAGAGUCUGGACCUGGAGCCCCUGGCGCCCCAGGCGGUGCUGGAGGCGCCCUGGUACUACGCGCGGGGGCUGGAGGAGCGGGCGUUUGGCCACCCUCCUCCCGGCAGCUGA